UGUCUGCCUAAGACCAAAUUCAAAAAUCAUCUCUUGUCUGUCUCUUAUUCAUUCUGGAGCUAUUUUUACUCUGCUAAGAUUCCGUAACAGCAAAAAUGGUGUAGAUAAAUCCACAAGAAGCCGCAAAAACCCUACUUUUCUUCUUCAUUAAGGAAAAUGGAUGGAACUGGAACCCCACCAAAAGCCCUACCUGAAAGUCCCUCUCUUUCACAAGAACCAUCCAAGAAAUCAGACUCAGGUACUAAAGUCUCUAAAUCUUCUCCUGUUAAAAAUUCUAGAGAAAAUGGAAUUGGGGUUUCUAUAAAUGGAAAGGAAGGUUUUGAUAGUAGUGAUUUGGAUGAUGGGCCUGUUGGGGGUCAAGCUUUAGUUGAUAGAUAUGCUGUCGAUUUGGGUGAUAAAGAAGUAGGAGGUGGUCUUGAGGAUUCGGAAAUGAAUGGUGUUUCUUCAUUGUUAAAGAUGCAAGAAAGUAAGAAUUUAAUAGGGUUAGGCUCUGUUUUGGAUGUUAUUGAUAAGAGUGAGAAAAGGGAUUUUCAAAGUGGUCAUGGCGUUUCUCUUGUUGCUGAUAUCUGUGGGGAUUUUCAUUCGAGUGAUGUGAAAGAAAAGAGCCAAUUUGUCCAUAGGAGUCCGCAACGCAAAUCAUUGGAUGCAAAUGAAGGGUGCAUAGAUGGGAAUAUCGGUGACUUGAUUGAGAAUAGGAAAGAGGAGGAGAAGAUGGAAAAUGAAGGGCAUAAGUUUGGUGUUGGUGAUUUUGUAUGGGGAAAGGUUAAGAGUCAUCCUUGGUGGCCAGGGCGGGUUUAUGAUCCUUCAGAUGCAUCUGAUCAGGCAAAAAAAGUUAAACAAAGGGAUAAGAUUCUUGUGGCUUACUUUGGAGAUGGAACUUUUGCAUGGUGCAGCCCAUCGCAGUUGAAGCCUUUGGAUGAGAAUUUUGUAGAGAUGUCAAAGCAAAGUAGCUCCAAGAACUUUUUAAAUGCAGUAGAGAAAGCAGUGGAUGAGGUUGGUAGACUUGUGGACUUGAAGAUGACUUGUUAUUGUGUGCCAAAAGAGAAUUUGAUUGGAUUUGGUAGAACAUUGGCUGUAAAUGCAGGAAUUAAGGAAGGACUUCUUGUGCCUGAAGGUGGAAUUGAUAAGUUUUUAACUGAUUUGUUUAAACCAGCAGAUUUUCUUGCCGCAUUAAAAUGUAGUGCACAGGUUGCUACUGUUAAUAACAUGCUAGAGUUCAGUUUAUUAAAGAGCUGUUUAUCGGCUUUUUAUCGUUCAAAAGGAUACCAUCUGCCUUCUUAUUAUGAACCAAAGCCAAUUCUAGGUCUUGAAGAUGACACCAGAAAUUGGAUGGACUCAGGUGAUUAUAAUAGUGGAUUGGAAGUAAGAAUUCAUGGUCCAGUUGAAGAAGAUUGGCUUUCUUCACCAACAAGCUUUAAAAAUGACCAAACCUCUCAAAGUAUGUUUCGUAAGUGCCAAGGGGUUUCUGAGGAUGGACAAUAUCAGAGAAGGAAGCAGAAAAGUCUUGCUGAAAUUUUGGAUGGUGAGGCUGAGAAUAAAGAUGAUGUUUUGGCUGAAGAAGGAACAAAGUCGAGCAAAGAAGCAUCUUUAGCUAAGAGAAAGAAGAGGAAAUUCAUGGGAGAAGACAUGAAUGCUGAAGGUAAAAUUGGGGCGAUGAAUGUGACUAAAGAAGAAUCAAGCUUUGGCGAACCUGCAUCUUUGUCUAGAAGGAAAAAGAGGAAAGUAAGUGAUGAAACUGAUAGUGAAGGCAAAAAUAAGAUGGAGGAUGUGGCUAAUGCAGGUGCAGACUUGGCCAAACCUCUGUCUUCGUCUGGACGAGAAAAGGGAAAAGACUGUGAUGAUGCUGAUGUUAAUAGUAUUGGCAGCAGUGAUUUGUUUUCAAAACAAAGGGCGAUGAAAGAUGCAAAGGUUUCUGAAUCUCUUGUUUUAGCAGACAACAAAAUCACUAGCCUUGAGGCGAUUGAUAGUGGCAUGGUGAAGACUGAAGGCAUGAAGCGUCGAGGAAGGAAGAAGAAGUCAAGUUCUGUUGCUGAAGGUGAUAGUGAUGGACACAAAAAUGAAGAAAUGGAGGAGAACAUUGUGUCGGCAGAAAAGAAGGGUUCUUUACUGAGGGAAAGGAAAAGGAGCAAGUACCUAUGCCCUCCUUACACAAAUAUUAGUAAAGGACUGAGAAAGCAAGAAAUAGAAGCAGAAUCCAUGAAAGUUUCAAGUGAGGCUCGGUUAGGAGAACGACUGACCAAGGCUGCUCGCCACCUUACUCUGCCUUCUCCAACUUUGAAGUUCAGUGGUGAGAGAUUUGUGAAGAAACCUUCUAGAGAAUCUGGACAAGAACACGAGACACCUGAUAACUCAAUUCCCCAAACACCUAAACAAGAUGGGAUCAACUUUGAUCCCAUGCUAGUUAAGGCACCUGCUAAUGAAGUUCUAUCUAAAAUAAGGUCUGCAGCUCUUAAUCCACAGAAUCUGAAUGAAAGAAAUUCUCUUGAAUUCGCUGAGGAAUUUUUUUCUGCAUUCAGAAGUUCAAUCUAUUGCAAUGGGUCUGAUCAUGAAAUAUAUAGUGAACGUCAGCCAGGACGAAAGAGGAAGCCCCAAAAAUCUGAACCUGCUCCAUUGGUAGAGGAGCAAAAUCAGAGUGAUCACAGUUCCUCUGAUCAUAAAUCCAAGAAAACGAAAAAGAAUGAAGAAGCAAAAUCGGUUAAGCCUAAAGUAAAAAAAGCUGCAAAUGCGCCAGACAUGAAGUCAAAGGACAAGGAUUCUACUGUGGAAGCUCCAGAUGCUGCCCUUUAUGUGACAUUUGGUCCAGGAUCUACUUUGCCAUCAAAGAAUGAUCUCAUUAAAUUAUACAGUAAAUUCGGGGCAUUAAAUGAAGAACAAACUGAGAUGUAUUAUACUAAUUACUGUGCCAGGGUUGUCUUCUUGAAGAGUUCUGAAGCAGAAGAAGCCUUCAAUGAUUCUCAACUUUCCAGUCCUUUUAAAGCAGCCAAUGCAACUUUCCGGCUCCGUUACCUUUCAGCUGAAACCAAGACUCGGGAACUAAGAGACAUAUCAAGUACAAAAAGCAAGCUAGGAACAAAGGCUCCAGACAUGUCAUUUGUGUUAGAGUCUACCGACAAUGAUGUAUCGCCACUGAACUAUAUAAAGCAGAAGCUUGAGAUGAUAAAAUCAUUGCUGGAGACAUCAGAUGGGAAAAUAUCCCCAGAUUUGAAAUCCAUUUUAGAAGGUGAAAUAAAAGUGCUUUUGGAGAAAGUAAGUAUAAUGGCCAGUUCUUCAUCUUAGACUUGGAAAUGAAAUUAGACAGUAAGCCUUUUGGUUGGUGAUACACAGUUAUUAAAAUCCUAUAUGCAGGUGUAGGUAUAAUAUGUUACUUUUUGUUAGGUUAUCAUGCAUGUAACAAUAUAUCGUUCUUAUUGUUGUGGUGCGUAUGGUUAAUAUAGUGUAGAAGAGGUUAUGUGAUACAGAUGGAGAACAUCAACAUUUAGGAAUCAGUCAGUAGUAUAUAUAUAUAUAUAUAUAUUUUGUAUUGCAAAAGUUGGACAUGCAAAUUUAAGAAUACACACUGUGUCAUUCUUCACAUCCAAUUGUUAAUUUUUCUUUUUUCUA